AUAAAAAUAAAUACAAAUUUAAAAUUUUGUACUAUUUCACAGUAUUCAGUAGUUUCUUUUGUUGUGGUAUUUUUGGUAUACCGUAUUUUUUUUUUGUAUUUAUAAAAAUUUUACUUACCUAUCAUGGACUAUUUGCUCGAUUUGGUUCUCCAAUACCCCCUCAUUAAGUUGAAAGCAAUAGAAAAAAGUGAUAAAGUGCUGAUCAGAGGAAAAAUGUUAGUAAAGAAUAAAGAUAUUUUUAUUGCUCUAAAACAAACCGCCAUCAUCAAUGGGAGAUCCAAAUACAAACUAAUCAAGCUGGAUGAAGAUUUCAAUGAGUCUACAGCGAUUCAAAUUAAACAAAUCUUGGAAAAAGAAAGCUUUCAAAAUGUUUUGGAAGUUUUGAAUAAAAUACACAAACAUUUGGAAACGGAAAAACCGCUGAUUAACCUGGAAAACCACUGUGAAAUUUACAGGAAAGUCAUACAUGAAUAUUCUGAGUUUACAAAGUUUUUUUUACAUUUGAAAACUUCUAAAUUAUUGCAGGACUUAUCAGCUAUUACGGCGUCUAUAACAGAUAGCAAUUACAGAGAACACUCGGUUAAAAUCACUGUUGACUUCACUCAAAAAACAUCAGACAUUUUUGAAAUUUCAGAAUUUGACCUGCCUCAAAGGAUUCAAGAUACUUUCAAACCAAAUGAAAAUCUCAUAGUACUUUUCGAUCAGUUCCUCGCUCGUAUUGAACGGCUACAACCAUAUUUUGAUUUAAUGGAAGAAUUCGAUAGAAAUACCACCGUUUUGGAUCCAGAAAAACCAAAGAGAAGCGAUUCACAUAGACGAAUAUGGCUGGGAGAAAAUAUUUCGACUAUAAUCACCAUAGACCCUUACAACGUUUUCCAAAGACCCAAUUUCAAAUUUUUGGGUCCCGAAUACUUGGUUGAAUCCUAUAGUAAUCAUUUGAAUAAUAAUCUUGGAAAUUGGGUGUGCCAGGAGAAUAUUUUUCAAGGCAUUUUAGAUUUGUUAGGUUUAGAAGAUUUUCCGAAAAGGCCAACAACUAAAAACCAACAUAAUUUGCUUGUAGAUUAUGGAGAAUGUAGCAUUUGUUUUUCGUUGAGGUUAAAUGAAAAGUUGCCUGAGGUUAUUUGUACCAACAAAAGAUGUGAGAAAUUUUAUCAUAACGAGUGUCUUUAUGGUUGGUUUGUUGCCUCAAAUGCCAAAAUAGUGUUUAACGCUAUUUCAGGAAAUUGUCCUAACUGUGAAAAAACUAUCAGUUGCCCUGUUUUAGAAUAGAAAUUUAGUUAAAUCAUCCUGUUUUUGUUAAUUAUGUAUAGGUACCUAGUUUAUCGACUACAACAGUCAAGUAUUAUUAACUCUAUAUUUUUGUAACAAAAUAAAGAUCCAAAGUUUGUAAAAUAUUUUUAUUUUCCAAAAAAUUGUUUGACACUUGUUAUUUUUAGGUAUAGAAUAUAUCACGAACCAAAUUUUUCAAUCAGUGGUUAUUGAAAAAUAGGUAAAACUAUAACAAACUCGAUAAUUAACUAGUUGCGCAUAUAUACAUACAUAUAACACACUAAACUAUUUAUAUAAAUUCAGCAUCUAAAUCGUUAACCAAACAAUUAAAUUUUGAAUUUUUCUCUAAAUGGUAAAUUGCAGAUUUUGCCUAAAGGUAUGUGUUAAUACACUAAGCCUAGCUAAAUUCUCAAAAUGUGAACCUAACUAGUUAAUUUACUUUCAACUAAUCCCCUAUAAGAAUAAUUAGUUAGGUCGGUAACUCAAAAAUAAAAUAACAUCAAUGUUUGAUGAAUGUUAGUACAAAGUUCGUCUGCAAUAAUGUACUAGUACUAUGGUUAGAACACAAGUCUUAGACUAAAAUACCAGAAAUAUAUGGACGUUUUUCAUUUAUCAAUAAUUUAAAUAUGUAUCAAUAGAAAUAUUUUCAACCUAGUGACUGAUUAAUACUUGGAAAAAGCAUUUAUUUGGUCUUAGCAAAUUUUUUGUACUUAACAAAGGGACCUAAACUACAGAAUAAUUUAAAGGAUAUUUUAUAUCUGUAGUCUCAUAUUAUGAAAAAAUCACAGCAUUAUUAUCUACUUGUCAUAUGUAUAUGAAAAAUUCUAUAAGUUUCUAUAACAAAUAAGUAAAUAUACACCUAUUACAGUUUGUAAAUGGCCAGAUAGAAAUUUUCCAUAUGGAAAAAUCAAAAAAAUAUUCAAAACCUAAAAUACAGGUAUUUGUGCAUGGUGCGUAUGAGAUAAAUCAUCAUCAAGUGUCAGCAAAACCAUAAAAGUAAAGAACAUACCGAUAGCGCUCAAAAAGUGCCAAAUGUCGUGGUAAUCGUAGAAUCUGAGCAAUUUGCAUUCCAUAUUAUAUGUGCAUGAUUAAUGAGAUACUUACAGACCAAGAUAUUGCCUUUUGUAAAAAGAAAUACAUGGCAGUCACUGCACAAACAGUAGAUACAAACAGGAAGAGCCAAGUUAGAAUCCUCACCCUUUCGGUGUGUAAAUACUACAAAGGAAUGCAUUAUUUAAAUACUAUUUUUCACACUUAUUCAUGAAUUUUAUCAUUCAUUAGAACUACAUAAAUAAAAGAUUUAUGUAUUUUAUUUCAAGAAACAGGAAAAUUAUUAUAAUCACAGUAUGUAUUGAAUUUGCAAUUACAGACGCUAUGUGUACCUACUUACCUUCAUAAAAAUAUAAAAAAAGAAAUACAACAAUGUAUUGGACAUGAAAAUCAAAAGUAGAAAAACUGCAAAGUUUUUGGGAUGAUAAAUCAGAGCGUAGGUUGCCAAACCCCAAUUGAAUAAAUUACCUAUUAGUAAUAUAGCAAAACGAGCUGAAAAUAAAAGAAAAAUUUAUAUAAUAAAACAUAUUUGAAUCGUCUGAACAAAUUUCAUCACCUUUAUAACAAGGUUGUAAGAUGUUGAGCGGGCCUGACCAAAAAUCGUGCCUCAGUAUGUGACCUAUUCUUUGCAUGGCAGCAUAAUCUAAAAAUAAAAACGAAUUAUAAUUGAAAUUGAAACUUAGUAAUCA